UGCAACCUCCCACUGGUUAAGCUCCCUCUGCCCCUCAAGGCUACACCCUCUUCUUCAACGAGGUAUGGAAGUGGUUGUUUGGUUUAGGAUUUUUCUUUUCAUUUUUGGUUUACUUGUUUCUGGAAUGAAUUUUCGACUCAGCUCGUUUCCAGAGCCGACUCCACAAAUUGGUUUAAGGAUGAUAUUCCUAAAUUAGCCGAUAUGCUACUGUGUUUGCCUUUCCUUAUAGACCUUCACUAUCAGAAUACGCAGCAUUAUGGAUACGGUCUCCGCAUAUUGGGUCCGCAGCAACCAGGCGUGGUGCUUCUCUCCCAGGAGUUGAUCGCCGCUCUACUUGCAUGCUCUUUGUUUUGUUUGUUUCUAAUCUCUGAUAGAGGUCCAAGACAUCUGCCAACUAUCAACUUUGAUCAAUUGUUUGCGAGUCUCUAUGAAAGUUAUAGUGAGAGCCAAGAAAAUAAGUUGAGGUGCAUUGUGCACUAUUUCCAAAGGAUAUGUUUGCAAAUGCCUACAAGAUCUGUCUCAUUUGAGCGCAAGCUUCUCUCUUUAGGACACCAGCCUUUGCAAUCAUGCCUUUCUUAUCCAUAUGCUGAUUUUUGGACCAAAUCAACUAUCCCUCUGUGCCCUUUUCAGGUUCACAGCUCAGGUUUAAUAGAAGAUCAUGCUAUUGGGACACUUGAAGUGGACUUUGAAAAUAAAUAUCUAGGAGGUGGUGCUCUAAAUAGGGACUGUGUGCAGGAAGAAAUUCGCUUCAUGAUCAAUCCCGAACUGAUUGCUGGCAUGUUGUUCUUGCCUUCGAUGGCAGACAAUGAAUCUAUAGAAAUUGUCGGAGUAGAGAGGUUCUCUGACUAUACAGGGUAUUCCUCUUUAUUUCGGUUUACUGGUGACUAUGUGGACAAAAGGAAUGUUGGUUCCCUUGGAAGACGUAAAACCAGAAUUCUUGCCAUGGAUGCUUUGUGCAGUCCAAGAAUGAAGCAGUACAAACUUAAUUACCUUCUUCGGUAUGUAAAUUUUUGGUUUUGAUUCACAUUAUGUUAUACCAGGUUUGUAGAAAAAUGAAUAGUAAAAUAUAUGACAGCCGGUAGGACAGAAAAUUACUAUUAAGUUUCCAGCUGCGACUGAUGGUGCUUUAAGAACACUGCAUCGAGACUUAACCCAAAUUUAAGAAAGAAAUCAACCUAG